CUACUUCUAUAAGCUUGUGUUUAAGUGCUUCACUAGCAAAACCCACUGCAAAACACUCUUCUCCCUUUGUCUCUCUUCAUACCACUCCUUUGUUUUUUUGUCUAUCUCAUCUUCUUCAUCACCUCUUUCAUUAUAUUACUCCAAAUUAACUCCACAAAAGAAAAGAAGAGGAAAAAACCCAAUCUUGAUCAUUUUUCCAGUUUUGUCUUUUGCUUUUGAAGAGCUGCUGUUUUAAAUUCAAAAAGCUAAAGAAUCUCAGUUGGGAGGUCAGAAAUGGAACUUCCUCCAAGUCAAGAAGAGGAUAUGCCAAUACCAAUUAACAGCACAUAUGUUGGAGGAGGAGGAGGGCAUGGUCAUGGUCAUGGUCAUGGGCACAUGAUACAUCAUGAUCCUACACCACCCAAUAACACUACUAAUCACAUUAUACCACCUUCCAUGAAUGGUCCUCCCAUUGAUGCACCACCAGUUGCAACAGCAGAUCAUCAUGUACCUUUCAAGAAAAUGGUCAGGUACAAAGAGUGCCUGAAGAACCAUGCAGCAGCCAUGGGUGGCAAUGCAACUGAUGGAUGUGGUGAGUUCAUGCCAAGUGGUGAAGAAGGUACAAUUGAAGCCCUCAUUUGUUCAGCUUGCAAUUGCCAUAGAAACUUCCAUAGAAAAGAAAUAGAAGGUGAACAACAACUUCUUCAAUUACCCUCUUCUUGUGGUGAUUGCUAUCAUCUCAAUAGGGGAGGCAAAAAAGUUUAUUUGGGACAUAACCAUCACAAGGGCCUUUUAGGUCCUGAGCCAUUUGGAACUAUAAUUCCUUCUAGAGUACCACCACAUCAUCAGAUGAUAAUGUCAUAUAACAUGGGUUCACUUCCUAAUUCUGAGUCAGACGAACAUGAUCAAGAUCAUGGUGGGGUUAUGGGUAUGGCUAGGCCAUUACAUCAUAAUCAUCAUGUGAAGAAGAGGUUUAGGACAAAGUUUACUCAGGAACAGAAGGAGAAAAUGCUCAAUUUUGCUGAGAAAGUUGGAUGGAAAAUACAAAAACAAGAGGAAGCUGUGGUGCAACAGUUUUGCCAAGAAGUGGGAGUUAAAAGAAGAGUACUUAAAGUAUGGAUGCACAACAAUAAGCACAGUCUUGCCAAGAAAAAUACCAACGAUAUUCUUCCGCAUGAAAAUCAAGUUUGAUUUGAUUUUCCAUCUGCUAAUUAAUUCUCCUUUGUUUUUUGUUCACUUUUUUGUCUGGAUUUUAUAUUUAUGGGGUAUGGUCAUUUCUAGAAUUAGGAUAAUAUUUAAGAAUAAUACAUUGGGAGUAUGUAUUGUAGUGUUAUUAGCUAGUGCAUGUGGGAAUUGGAAUGGUGGAGGAGGUUCUUCUUCGUUUGGAUGCUGUUUAAUUAACUAAUUAAUCUCUCCAGUGGGGACUGUAUUUAUAUUAAUUCAGUCUUUUGAUGGAUUUCUUGGGAUGCCUAUAUUUUUGUAAAAGAAAUUUAUGAGUCA